CCGGGCUGAGUCCAUGAGGAGCCCCUCGUUCUCGCGGCCCCCGCCGCUCCUGUGGCUCCUGCUGGCGCCUUGGCCAGUCUGGACCACGGCGCCCUCCGCGCCAGCCCCCUCGGGGUCCCUGGGCUGCCCUGAGGCCUGCGUGUGCGCGCCGGGCGGCCAAGCCAACUGCUCAGCCCUCGCACUGCCCGCGGUCCCUGCCGGCCUGAACGGGCGCGUGCGCGCGCUGCUGUUGGACCACAACCGCGUGCACGCGCUGCCGCCCGGCGCCUUUGCGGGCGCGGGCGCGCUGCUGCACCUGGACUUGCGCCAGAACGGGCUGCGCUCGGUGCACGCGCGAGCCUUCUGGGGCCUGGUCGCACUGCGGAGGCUCGACCUCAGCUCCAACCAGCUGGAAGCCCUGACGCCCGGCACCUUCUCGCCGCUGCGCGCACUGCGCGCCCUCUCACUGGCGGGCAACCGGCUGGCGCGCCUAGAACCUGCGGCGCUGGGCCCCCCCCCGCGGCGGCACCGGCCCCCGCAGCCCCCGGCAGAGGCCGAGACCCUGCUCUGCGUGUUCCCGGGGCGUAUGACGCUCAGACGACUGACGGCCUUCCGUGACGCCGCCUUCAGCCACUGCGCGCGGCCAAUGGCGCCACUGGACCUGGCGGUGGUCUACGCGCUGGGGCCUGUUUCCUUCCUGGCCAGCGUGGCCGCCUGCUUGGCCCUGGGCUCCGUGCUCACCCUCUGCCGCUGCCGCCACCAUCACUGCCGCGCCCCCUCCCGCCCUGUACGAAGACCGCCGGAUCCCGACCCCGAAGGCCCUGGCCCGCUCUCCGACCCUGGGAAUCCCUCGGAGGCUGCUGCCACCCAAGUCUGAAUAGGCUGCAGUUUCCCAGGGAGUCUUGAACUGCCCAGUGCCCUGGAAAUGUCCCCUCGUCCCCUUGCCUUCCCUCACACUUGCUGUCAACAAGCGACACACACCGGAAAUGCAGUGACAUUCCUUUAGGCGUCCACACUUCACACUGCACACACCAGGUGGGGGAGGGGUCCGGGCCUGAGCCCCUGGGCAGAGGGGCAGCUCCCGGCUGUGCACAGCUGCAGGGGAGGCACCCACUCAGACACU